UUACAAUCAGACUCCAAAAACUGAGGCAGCAGAAAACGAAUUGGGAUCAAUUUCCUCAAGGAUUUAUCAUCUUUAUCCAUCUUCGUCCGUUGCAUUUUCUAAUUCCUUUGAGUUUAUGAAGACCAAACUAUUUUUUGGAGAGAAUGAGAAAACGUAAUCUAGGGUUUGAGACAUUUGCGCGCAGAUAGUUAAUUAUUCUUCUGCCACACGUGCGUGCGUAAAGUGGGAGUCUGAGCGCGCAUACAGGCGGAACAUCACUGCGGGAACAGAUGUUACCAGACGCGUUAUUCGGAGUAGGAGUGAGGGCUAUGGACGGUUCAUCGACUGAUUUCCCCUCUUUCGCAGGAACCUUUUUUUAUCCAGCUUCCAGAGUGGUCCAUUAGGGUCUCAUCCACGAAUUUUAAACGAAUUCCAACUGAAAAUGAGAAAUUUGGACAACUGUACAAUUUCUUUGUUUCUUUUGUACCUCAGGAACAUUAAUUAGCCCUAAUUCGGAUUCAUUAUCAUUGACGUUUUGCUCGAAUAUGGCUCAUCUCUGGGUCCAGUAAGAGAAUCUCGCAGCGUCAGACGCUUCUGCGGCGGUGAAGACCAGUGGAGGGACUGGAAAACUUGCGCCGCGCAGGAGACGGUCUCUCCCUCUCUAUAACUCGGAGUUAACGGGCAAAAAGGAGCGCCAUGGUGAACUCUCUCAUACUGCUGCUCAGCUGGAUGGUGAUCUCCGGGGUUGCUAGAGCUCAGAAUGAUACUGAGCCGAUCGUCCUGGAGGGCAAAUGCCUGGUGGUGUGCGACUCCAACCCGGCCACGGACUGGAGGUCCUCAUCCUCUCCGCUCGGCAUCUCCGUGCGCGCCGCCAACUCCAAGGUGGCAUUCUCUGCAGUCCGGAGCAACAACCACGAACCGUCAGAAAUGAGCAACAAAACAAGAAUAAUCUACUUCGAUCAGGUUCUUGUGAACAUAGGAAACUACUUCACAUUUGAAUCUGUAUUUCUUUCCCCAAGAAAAGGAGUCUACAGUUUUAACUUCCACGUGAUUAAAGUGUACCAGAGCCAAACUAUACAGGUGAACUUGAUGCUAAACGGAAAACCAGUCAUAUCUGCCUUCGCAGGUGACAAAGAUGUGACUCGUGAAGCUGCCACCAAUGGAGUUCUACUUUACCUUGAAAAAGAGGACAAAGUUUACCUGAAGCUGGAAAAAGGAAACCUCGUGGGCGGAUGGCAAUAUUCAACGUUUUCUGGCUUUCUUGUUUUCCCUCUGUAAAAAGAAAAAAAAAGCAAGAAAAGGAAAGACAAUUGUAAGUCUGCUGACUUCUUCAUAAUGUGUUGUCACAGUAUAAUCAAAAUAUUGCUGCUUCAUCUGCUGGAUUCAGCCUAAUGACUGAAAAAACAACAUGAAUAAAUAGAUCAGUACAUAGAAAAGAAGUAAGACAGCGGAAAUGGAUCACAUGCUGGGCAGGAGUCUUGCUCUGGUCAAAGAAACCUGAAAUGUUCACCAUUCCUGUCAUUCAAGCAGCUCCAGAGAAGAACACUUACGCAAACAAAAAGCACCGUUCAAACUUUGAUUUGCUGAAAUAUGCUUAGGAUGCUGUGAUUUCUUUUCCAAAACUGUGGGCAACUUUUGUUGGUCUGAACUGUUUUUGCCUUUAUUAGCUUAACUGCUGUGACCAAUGUGUAGACUUGAUAACAUGAGAGGAAUGGCCCUUGUUUAGAUCAGUAACACAAAACACUCCCUAUCUGAGUUUGUUGUAGCAAUAAUUUAUUUCAGAGCCAGUCCAAGAGAUAUAUUAACUAAGGGAGUGGUGGCACCAGGAAAGUCCUUUAUCUGUUUGUUUGAUCUGGGCCAUAAGCAGACUUUAUUUAUUCAUUUCAUUUGGUGCAGUUUAUUUUCACAUUGUACUUUUUGCAAGUGAACUACAACAUGUGGGAGAUGAUUGUUGCUCACACUGGCAAAAAAGACCAGGGCGAGACAAAGCACAGACCCAGAACAUAUGGAAAAACUAUUAUGGAAGUCCUGCUUGCAGAAUCUCUGUUUUGCAUAUUUGUGCUGGUAUUACAGCUGCUAAAUCAUUGUGGGGUCAAGAGCAGGUCAUUCAACGCAGGUUUCAAGACCUUGUAUUUCUAAUUUUGGAACGCCGUUGGAGAAUGUGUCCUACCAGCCAAAGGAGUCCCACAGCAUGUUGGCAGCAGCGUUGCUAAGCAACCGGUAUGAUUUCAGUACUACAUUAAUUGCUUGUUAAGUCCAAAGAGAUGUAUGCUUUCUGUAGUUUGGUUGGAUCAAGGCAAUUUCAUAUUUACACCAGAAGUGAACAGCACCAGAGUCUGUUUGCAAGCAGACCAAGACCACCACAAAAAGUAGGUUCUUCCCCAAUUGGUUGGUCCGGUCCAAGGUUCACUUGAGUGUAUUCACUCCUGCGCAAAAGGUCCGGACCAAGGGGGGUUGAUACACCCUAAGCCACUUUUAAUAAUAUAGAGCUGGAAAUGUGCUUAAUUGUUUUGAAUAAGUAUGCUUUUGUUUUGUUUUUUUCUUAGUUAUUAGCAGUAUGGGAAGAUAUUCUUAAACAGUGUAGCAGACAGCAUUUGAUGACCAGGUUUCACCAGACGGCUACAGACUUUUUGUACAUGUUAAAACAUUUUAGAGCAUGAGCGGUGCAGCUUUUACACACCAUGCAUACCAGUGAUGUGUACCACUUCUGCAGCAUUUAUACAUCUGUUAAUCAAAUAUUGCAGCAGUGGCACCAUAAUUACUAACCUAAUCACACGCAACACUAUACAAAAGCUGUGUCUGAGUUGAUGAAGAAUAACUCACCUCAGGAUGCCAGAUGCUUGAAACGUAAUCUAAAACAGACAACCUGUCUUAUUUUCUGUCUAACAAAGAUCUGACUACACCAAUAUAAGAAACAGAAACAGACUUAUUUAUAGUAGUAACAUUUUUACAACUUUACAAAAUUUUACAACUUUACAAAAUUUUCUAAUUCUAAAAAUUUUACCCCCUAACCCCAAACGUUUUCAUAGUUUACUAUGGUCCUAAUUUCAUGACAUGAACCUAGUCUGCUCUGCCGCAUGGGUCAGAUCUUUGGCACAUUGUAACUUUUAAUGACUUUAAACCAAUAUCUUCAAAUAACUGCAGAUUUCUUUGUUUCCCACCCUCUGAAGUUUACCAAAACAUAGAGGUCAGAAUAUUCAAAUGCUGUGUAUAGGACAUCAAUUCCAGACCAAAUGAACAAGUUGCACAGACAACCCUCUAUCCAUGCUUUAGUUACCAAUAUAAUUUCCUGGAAAAAAAAAAAAAAAACAUUUCCCCAAAUGCUAUAAGGUGAAGAGACUGAUUGGUCAAACAAAACAUUGUGUUGUGCAGUCUAUUUUAAGGAAUUAGUUGUUCGCUUACUAACUGUUAAUUCUUUUUGUUAAAUGUUAAAUUUGCUAAUGACAGGGCAUGGACUGGAGAUAGAAAUGUGGCUCUGCUGGGUCAGGGCUGAAAUGGAAAUGGCAUAUUGAAGGAAAUUCUGCUUAAGGCUCCAUCAAACCUUGGGCAUUGAUUUAAUUUGACCCGAUUUCCUGAGGAAGAGUGAGGACUCUAUUUUUUUUUUUUUUUUGCAGUGUGUUUAGAAAUUUGACUUACAAAAAUAUUGCUGUGUCAUAUUGACAAGUUAUAUGUGACCUAAAGAACCAUAAGAUUAUUAGCGCACACAAAAUAACUAACAGAAAGAAACCUGCAAAAAUGACUAAAACCAACAUGUGUAACAUUUGCAUCUAUAUCCCUCUCUAUCCAUCUGCUGCUUAUCCUGACUGAACAGGUUUGUAAUUUAGCUCAGGUGUUGUGUGAUCCAGUUGACAGGCGAGGCAGGCGCCGACGUUUUCAGAUUCCUGGCAUCACCGUCUGGCUUAUAAUAAUUUUAAGUGUGUAAACAGCAUCCCUUUUUUGCACAGGCAGCUUGUGGUUCACGGGCCUUAAAGUUGAAAAGGCUUCUGAGGACAUUUAUUUGUGAACAUGUAGAUUCUUGAAACAGCUGGUGUAAAACAGAACUUCUGUUGAGUUAUAUCAGCUAACUGCAAAAACAACUUAUUAACUGUUGCUACUUUGCUCAGCAUGCGAUGGCUUCUCUGCAAACCUUGAGACAGAUUUACACCUUUUGUCAACCAUGAAACUCACUAUUGGCUCAUUGUUUGAAAAAAAAAGCCCACUUUCUCAUAUUAAUGUUGUCUUACACUAAUUAAACCAAUGGUUCUUAGACCUUGUGCACCGUUCUUUUGUUUUGGUCAUUGACUGAUAAAGUGUCCUAAAUAUCCCCAUUACAUUUUGCAAGGAAGGUAUGAACCACCUGUAGGGGAUGGACUGUCAGGUAAAGGUGGGAUUCAUCCUAAUGGACGCACCGACAGUUUGCAGUGUCACACGUCAGAGGCUGUGCAAGAAAAUCAGGCUGAGGUUUAAACUACUGAUAUAUUCAAUGAUUAAGCUCAGUCCCCAAAGGUUCUUUCCAAGAUACAAAACUUUAAAGCAUUUAUGAACCUCCUCAGCAGAUAUUCGUGUUGGUUUAUUGCUUCAAUUUGCGUUGCAGAAUAGAAAUGUUUUAUUUUGUGUGUCUUGACUGCAUCGCAUUUGUGUUUGCUCACACCGAUGGAGGGUAAAAUCCUUGCUGACGAUUAACAGUGCUGCUAAAAUGCCUCAAGCUUCAGUAGGUGAUUAUUUUAUUGUUUUUUCUGGAUUCUUUUCCAAUAAAUGUUUAAUUGUAUACAUCAGUGUAUUAAUGUAUUUAAGGAUACUCGCAUUGAAUGAUGAAUAAAAAUUGUUUUUUUUAAUGGA